CUGCCAGCCAUGGAGACGAAUGUCCAGUGCACAAUCGCUCGUGCGCACUCAUGUCAAGGCAAUCUACUCACAAGCGAGAGAGGUCCGGUGCAUGUCCAGAUCUCUCUUGCUGUGGCCAAACGACGAUGACGGAGAGAGCACACGCCUGCCUGAGGUGCCUGAGUCCCUUGGAACACAUCUACUACCGGUAUACGUACAGAUGCUACACAGCUCAGCUCACUCACCCAUCCACCGGCUGUACACACCCCACCCCUCACAUACGCAGGCAGCUACAUACCUACCGAUCCCCCUUCCUGACCGCCUCCCUCACUCGCCCUGCUGCUGUUGCUCUCUCUGCUGUGCCCGCCUCUGCUCGGUCUGCAUCUGGAUGUGCAGGUUAACCGCCUGCAGGAACCGCUUCUUCUCGGCCAGCGGCCCCGCCGUCUGCGCCAUCAUGUCCUUGAGCAUGUCCACCUUCCGCUGGCAGUACUUGACCGCAUCAGGCACCGACUUGCGCACGUGGUAGCCCGUGCCGACGUCCACCAGCACCGCCUCCGUGUUGGACAGCACCCCAGGCACAUAGACCGACUGGGUGAGGGGGAUGAGGGCCUGCGUGCCGCGGCUCUCGGGCGUGAGGGUGUCGAGUGCGGCCACCGACUCCUUGAAGCGGUUGGAGGCCAGCCUUGAACCAUUGACGCUGGUGGUGAGUUUGAUGAUCUCCUGCUCCACCUGCUCCUUGAGCUGCACGAGGUUCUCCAGCGGCAGGCUGGCGAUGGGGAUCACCUGAGGGGAGGCGCCGCCUUCGCCGCCGCCUUCUGUCGCCAUUU